AACUAUGUAUUCGGUUUCAUGUGUAUGCCCGAAAUGUAGGCAGAAAGAUCAAAGCUGAAUCUUCAGUAGUCCGCCUUCGUUUUUGUCACUGCGGGGGUUGGUUGGUAGGUAGGUAGGUAGGUUGAGAUGGCUUCGGUGACAUUGAACGCUCCUUCAAGCCGCUGGAUCGGUGGGAGUAGGCAGCUGAACCGGCGGGCAGCAUUUCGGCCGGAGAUUCGGCGGGUGGCGGCGACGGUCAGGGCUGGAUCGUACACCGAAGAGCUUUUGCAGACCGCUAAAUCAAUUGCUUCUCCAGGACGUGGUAUUUUGGCAAUAGAUGAAUCAAAUGCUACUUGUGGCAAGAGGCUAGCCUCUAUUGGUUUGGACAAUACUGAGGCCAAUCGGCAGGCUUACAGACAGCUAUUACUGACAGCCCCUGGUUUGGGUGAAUAUAUUUCUGGGGCUAUUCUUUUUGAGGAAACACUUUAUCAGUCCACAGUUGAUGGAACAAAGUUUGUGGAUUGCCUGAGGGCGAAGAAAAUUGUCCCUGGAAUCAAAGUUGACAAGGGUUUGGUUCCAUUGCCAGGUUCAAACAAUGAGUCUUGGUGUCAAGGAUUGGAUGGACUGGCAUCUAGGUGUGCUGAAUAUUACAAACAAGGAGCUCGCUUUGCUAAGUGGCGGACUGUUGUAAGCAUUCCUUGUGGUCCUUCUGCUCUGGCUGUAGAAGAGGCAGCCUGGGGGCUUGCUCGUUAUGCUGCUAUCGCUCAGGAUAAUGGACUUGUUCCUAUUGUGGAGCCUGAGAUUCUUCUUGAUGGAGACCAUGCAAUCGAAAGGACUCUUGAGGUUGCAGAGAAUGUGUGGGCAGCGGUAUUUUUUUACUUGGCCCAAAAUAAUGUGGUUUUUGAAGGCAUCCUGCUAAAACCCAGCAUGGUAACUCCUGGAGCUGAACAUAAGGAGAAGGCUUCUCCAGAGAAGAUUGCCAAGUAUACACUCAAAAUGUUGAAGAGGAGGGUGCCACCUGCAGUCCCAGGAAUCAUGUUCCUUUCAGGAGGGCAGUCUGAAGUUGAAGCGACUCUGAACCUAAAUGCGAUGAACCAAUCGGCCAACCCAUGGCACGUGUCUUUCUCCUAUGCCCGAGCUCUCCAGAAUACUGUUCUCAAGACCUGGAAAGGCCUGCCGGAGAACGCGGAUGCCGCUCAGAAGGCUCUUUUGAUCCGCGCAAAGGCGAACUCCUUGGCCCAACUCGGUCGCUACUCUGCUGAUGGUGAAGAGGAGGAAGCUAAGAAGGGGAUGUUCCAGAAAGGUUACACCUAUUAAGAUUAACAAACAGUUUGUUUUUUCUAAAGGCUUUUCAUGAACGCUUUUAUAUUUCUUUUUUCUGAAUUAUGUGGCCCUUCAAUAAAGUUCUACUGCUGCCCAGAGAAUGCUGAGUUCAAGAUCUUUUUAUUUAUGUAUUUACAUGUAUAACUCCCAAAUCCUUAAUAUCACAUAAAAAAUAUCACUGUAUUACAUACUUUCAUGCAUGGAUAGGUUUAUAACACGAGUGUUAUAGAUGUAAGCUUUUGGUGUUGGAUAUGUUAAUGCAUCAGAAUUAUGUGGUAGGCA